GCGCCUCGCCUGCGGUGUAUAGAUUUUUCUAAGACCAGUUCCGCUCGCCAGCUGACCCCCGCAACUGACGUAUAGAGGGACAGGAUCGGGCUUACAAGCGGCGACCUCUGCACUGCUCGGGCUAUACAACCAACAUGGCCCCCUCGGCUCGACCUAGCAAAACCGAACUAGGCGCGGAUGAAGACGAUUACUACGGGAUUCAGAAAGGGGACAGAAAGACCAGAAAGCCUUUGGUGGAAAAGAAGAGGCGUGCUCGCAUCAAUGAGAGUUUGCAGGAGCUCCGGACUUUGCUCGCAGACACCGAUUUUCAUUCCAAAAUGGAGAACGCGGAGGUGUUGGAGAUGACGGUCAAGAAAGUAGAGGACAUCCUGAAGAACCGGACGCAAGAGACGGAUUCGCUGAACCGAGAAGCCAGCGAGAGGUUCGCCGCAGGCUACAUCCAGUGCAUGCACGAAGUCCACAUGUUCGUGUCCAGCUGUCCGGGAAUAGACGCGACGGUCGCGGCGGAGCUCUUGAACCAUCUGCUGGAGUGCAUGCCCCUGAACGAGGACCACUUUCAGGACGUGCUGAUGGAUUUAAUAGCGGACACUAUUGGCAGCAACGGCAGCACUUGGGUCGCCGUUGACGCGCUCUGCACGACGCUUCCCUCGUCCGAUGGGAGCGCGCUGUCCUCCGGCGGGUCCUCCUCCUCGGCUCCCUCCCCCGCCCCCUCCACCACGUCCAGCGAGGAGCUCUACUCGGACUUGGAGGAGACUGACGGAGAGCACAGCCACAGCUCCGCCGGGGGCUUGGAGAACCGAGAGUCCCCCAACAUCCCCGCUGUUAAGUACUCUCAGUCCAUGUGGAGACCCUGGUUUUAGUAUUUUUAUACACUCUCACACGGCACUGUCACCAUGUUGGGGGACUUAACACAGUUGGGAUUCUCGAGUCCGCGCGACACACACUUAUAAUUAAUUACUAGAAGAUGGAUACGGGGCUUCACUGCUUUGUUUUAUUAUUAUUAUUAUUAUUAUUAUUAUUAAUUUCUAUUUGUAAAUAACGGUGUGCAUACAGGAUCCGUAUGAGGAUAAAGCUCUUUGGAAACAGAGAAAUUCAACAGUGGCUUUGAUUAAUAUAAAUAUUAUAUUUUUUCUCUCUCAAUAAGGCCACAAAGACGUGUAGUUUAUUUGCCCUAUAGGCCUAGAGAUGAUGCCCUUUCAGAACGACCACUUGUUGUAA